AUGAUUGCAAGUACAAUUCCAACCUCCAUCGGAAAUUUUUGCAACUUACAACAUUUGGAUUUGGGUACCAAUACCUUGACAGGAAGUUUCUUUGAGUUUCUCGAAGAGAUCAAAAACUGCAGUUCUGAAGGUCCUUUACCAGAACUGGGGUAUUUGGACUUGUCUUGGAAUCAAUUAGUGGGCAGAUUGCCAGAACGGUUGAGUCAGCUGGAAAAACUUACAUAUCUCGAUCUAUCCGAUAACAAGCUUCAAGGCCCUAUCCCUGCUUCUUUUGGGACAUUCAAAAAUCUGAAUGAGAUGCGGCUUGGAUGGAAUGAACUGAAUGGGAGUCUCCCAGUUAGUUUUGGACAACUUUCUGAAUUGGUUGUAUUGGAAGUUUAUGGGAAUCGCUUGAUUGGAAUUCUUUCUAAAGAACAUUUUUCAAAGUUAAGUAAGUUGAAGACUCUGUGGAUGCAUGAAAAUUCAGGUCUCGUUUUGAAUGUUAGUUCCACCUGGGUCCCCCCAUUCCAAAUCACUGAUCUUGAUUUGAGUUCAUGCAAUUUAGGCCCUUCAUUCCCGACUUGGCUUAGGUCUCAAAAGGAGGUCUUCUGGCUGUAUUUGUCAAAUGCUAGCAUCUCAGGUUCCAUACCUAAGUGGUUUUGGAAUAUUUCUUUGAAUCUGCAGGGCGUAAGUCUUUCUGACAAUCAGUUACAAGGAAUUCUUUCUGAAGAACAUUUUUCAAAGUUGAGUAAGCUGAAGGCUUUGCUGAUGGGUGGAAAUUCAGGUCUCGUUUUGAAUGUUAGUUCCACCUGGGUCCCCCCAUUCCAAAUCACUGUUCUGAGUAUGACUUCAUGCAAUUUAGGCCCUUCAUUCCCGACUUGGCUUAGGUCUCAAAAGGAGCUCUUCGAUCUAGAUUUGUCAAAUGCUACCAUCUCAGGUUCCAUACCCAAGUGGUUUUGGAAUAUUUUUUUCAAUCUGCAGUACUUAAAUCUUUCUCACAAUCAGUUACAAGGUCAGCUACCAAAUUCAUUAAAAUUUCCUUUUGGUGAUCGUGCAUAUAUUGAUUUCAGUUACAACCUCUUUGAGGGACCUAUUCCUUUUUCAAUCAAAGAGCUCUAUUUACUAGAUCUCUCCCACAAUAAAUUUUCUGGCCCUAUCCCACUGAGCAGAGGUGAAUCUAUGUUAGACUUGCAUUACUUUUUCCUUUCGGAAAAUCAAAUAACAGGGACCAUCCCAGAUUCCAUAGGACGCAUCACCUCUCUUCAAGUCAUUGAUUUUUCAAGGAAUAAUUUGACUGGAAGCAUUCCUUCUACCAUAAAUAAUUGCUCUAGCCUAAUUGUUCUAGACCUUGGAAAUAACAAUUUAUCUGGGAUGAUACCAAAGUCGUUGGGCCAGUUACAAUGGCUCGAAUCACUGCACCUGAAUGACAACAAGCUUUCAGGAGAGCUCCCCUCAUCUUUCCAAAAUUUAUCAAGAUUGGAACUCAUUGAUCUCAGUUAUAACCAAUUAUCGGGUAAGGUUCCUUCAUGGAUUGGAACUGCUUUCAUAAAUCUUGUAAUACUCAACUUGAGGUCAAAUGUAUUUUUUGGAAGACUUCCCUCCCAGCUUUCAAAUUUAAGCUCCUUACAUGUCUUAGACCUUGCACAAAACAAUCUGAUGGGUGAAAUUCCAGUCACUUUGUUUGAGCUUAAAGCCAUGGUUCCGGAGUAUAACAAGAAUAUAUAUCCUUUGUGUGACAAUGUGAGCAACUCUCAGUAUGAAGAACGAUUGGUGGUGAUUAUGAAAGGUCAAAGUCUUGAAUACACCAGGACUCUUUCUCUGGUUGUAGGCAUAGACCUAUCCGACAAUAAUUUAAGUGGAGGCUUCCCCAAGAAAUAA